AUGGCAGAAUUCAAAGGAGGAUCAGGUGAUGGUAACCGUAUACGUAUGCUCGAGAAGCAACGUGGCAAUGAAUUGAAAGAACUCAACAAAGCAAAGGAGAAGAUCAAAGAGGAGAACAAAUCGUAUACUCUUAAUAUCAACCAAAAGUUUGAGUCGGCCAACGACCAGUCCAACGCAUUCAAGAAUGUUGGUCUAGUGUCAAUGUCUGACUUUCAAAGGAACAUACAACAACAACAAGAACAACAAGCACUCGAAGAAUCGAAAAAGAGAACGAAUCAAGGUCAGGUCAAAAAGGUUCAAAAGAAAGCAAUUACAAAGAACAAAUUAUCAUUUGAUGUUGAAGAUGAUGACGACGAGGACGAUAACAAUAAUAAUGAACAAGAACAACUGAAAAGUAAAGUGAUAUCUAAAAAAGAAGAAGAUAGUAAUAAUAAUAAUGGUGAUGGUGGUGAUGGUGAUAUUGAUCAAGAUAUUAUAAAGAAAAAAUUAAAAUCAACUGACGACAAAGAUAAUAAUAAUAAUAAUGAACAGGAACAACAAGAUGUAAAUAGUAGUAGUAGUAAUAAUAAUAAUAGAAAGAUUAAAUUUGGUAAAGAUCCAAGAGUAAAUACCGACUUUUUACCAGACAAGGAAAGAGAUGAAUUGGAACGAUUGGAACGUGAAAAAUUGAUUGCUCAAUGGACAGAACAACAAAACAAGAUCAAAGAGGAAAAGAUUGAAAUUACCUAUUCGUAUUGGGAUGGAUCUGGUCAUAGACGGUCAUUGCAAUGCAACAAAGGAACAACGAUUGAAAAGUUUUUGGCAAUGGCUCGUUUAGAGUUUAAGGAAUUACGUGGUGUAUCAGUUGAUCAUUUAAUAUUUAUCAAAGAAGAUUUAAUUAUUCCUCAAAAUUAUUCAUUUUAUGAUAUGAUAAUCGAGAAAGCUAGAGGAAAGAGUGGACCAUUAUUCAAAUUUGAUGUACAUGAAGAUAUUCGUUUGGUAAAUGAUGCAACAGUUGAAAAGGAUGAAUCUCAUGCUGCCAAAGUAGUGGAAAAGUCAUGGUACGAAAGAAACAAACAUAUAUUUCCAGCUUCAAGAUGGGUAGAGUAUCAACCAGGUGUAGAUUAUGGAAAAUAUACAAUUUCCGAUAAAUUACUUGCUGCUGCUAAUAAUAAUAAUACAACUACAACUACACCCAAUUAA